CCCUUCUUUAAACUCGUUUAUGUGUAAUUGAUAUCGUCCCCGAAGAAAAAACGGCUGGAAUUUCAGUAUUUCGAGCCAGUGAAGUGGGACUUAUGAAGGAGUCAGCCGUUAAGGAUGGACUCCAAAAUGCCCUCUGACAUCAGACUUCACAGUACAGAAACAUGUAGUUGAGUGCAGUCUAAGAGGAUGAUGUCCCAGUCAAGAACAAAUGAAACAUUCGGUUGUGGAGGAUGGGUGCUGCUGGUGUUAGCAGAAAUGUUCAAAACUAGAUAAACUAGUUGUUUUAGUUGGUGAGGAAGUAUAGUCAGAAUUGGUUUAUAGUGCUGUAAAAUCAUUGCGUUGAGUUGGGGAAGCCACUCUGACUGUUAAUACAGUAGAUAAAAGUGAUUAUCAGAUGGAGUGUGGUGAGAGGGUGCUGUGUGGGACAGGGGAGGUGGAGCUGGACCCGAACAUUGUGAGUGAAGAGGCAGGAAAACUGUAUUCAGAACUUCAGACAGUUAUUGAGACUCAUGGCGAAGGUGUGGUGGAGUCGCUGGUACCCAUAUUUGUGUGGGUCCUGGAGGGGCUGGCCAGCUGCAAAGCCCAGCUAAGAGACAGGGAGGAGGAGGCUGAGAGGGAGAAAGCUGACCGAGAAGAGUUGCUGGAGAGAUACCAAGCAGAGAGAGCACUCAGGAAAGAAAGUCAAGAGAGGUAUCUAGAGCUGGAUGACCAAAGUGAACAAGAGAGGAGAGCCAUGAGGGGGAGGGAAAAGGAGAGAGAACGACGAGAGAGAGAGCUGGAGAGGAAAGCAAGACAGCAAGCUGAUCAGUUGGUGGCCUUGGAAGAGCAGAAGGCAAAUCUGGGCAGAGAACUGAGCACACUGAGGCAUACUCACAACAAGUUGUCUCACACAUAUCGGGAACUUUUGGACAAGAGAAAGGAUUCUGAAAGAGAUUCUCCUAUGAGGAAUCACUUGCGUCCCAAGAAUGCAGAAUUUUCAUCCAACCAAGUCUUGUCAGGAUCCAAUGUUAAUGACAAGAUGAUUCAAAGACCGCAUUCAAAUUCUGGUCCCCCCUGUUUGGAAGAUCUAGUAGCCAAGGAGGAAAAUGCAAUUGACAUUGCAGUAAAGCCCACCUCAGAUCAGUUUAUCAGUGAGAUCAUAAGCUCCACUCCAGAGCUCAGGCAGUUCCAUGGCUGUAUGGAUGUAAGCACCCCUGUUGCCAGGCCACCGAGAGUUGUGUUGGAGACCAGCUUGAAGGAUGAGAUAGGGGAGGUUGAGGAGAAGGAGGGAGAGAAGGAGCGCAAGGUGGAAGAGGAGCAAGGAGGAGAGAGGCAGGCAAAAGACGAGGAGGUGGAGGAGGAGGAAGAUGAUAGUAUGGAGUGGGAGCUGCGCAACACUGAUUCGGUGUUCUCUGAGCUGUCAGAGCUGAGUCGGGAUUAUGUGGAGAGUGUAGACCAAGGGGCCAGCGUCAGAGGCAGUACAGACCAGUUUGAGGAGAUUCUUUCUCAGUAUGAGGAACUGAAAGUCACCCAUGAGUUAGUAGAAGCUGCUCGUAAGGCUCUGAUAUCUCGGGUAGUAGAGCUGACGGAUGACCGCUCAGCUCUGAAACUGGAAGUGUCCUGUCUUCAGGAAACAGUCUCUCGAUUAGAGGGGCGGGUGAAGGAGAAAGAGGAGGAAACUAAGAGACUUCGGAAAGAGCUGGAAGCGUGCCAAUCUGAGGAUCCUGAUGCCUCUCUACCCACAUCCAUGCGCCACUUCUCUCGUUCUGAAAUGGCUCGUGCGGUCAUGGAGAAGAACCAAUAUAAGCAGCGUCUGUUUGAGCUGCAGGAGGCAGUAAGACAUAGUCAGACCCUCAGAGCAGCAAAGGGGGAGAGAUUAACGGAGGACAAAAGGUCCAGUGUUUGGAGAAAGUUCAACCGCUUCUUUGGCCUGUCCAAGGAACCCUUAAUCCCACCACCUGCUUCUGCAUUUGCCUUGCCAACUUCUCCAUCACUCACUCACUCUCCUCUAAGGUCUCCACAACUACCGGCUGUCAGUCACACUCAUGCUGAGUCCGCUUCUCCUGCUGCUCUCUCCCCUCGUGUCAGGAGGAGAGAGCUCUACAGAGAAAUUCGCUCACACAUUUGGGGAUCACUUGGAAAACGGCAGAUACACGGCUGGAGCAUACCACUGGCAAACACACAGGAGUCCCAGGAACCUGUCCCAGAGCCUAAAGAUGUUCCCGUUCUAAUGCAGCUCAGACUGUUGGAUCAAAGAGACUCCAUAGCUAAGCUGAACUGUGCAGUUGCAGUCACACCUGAGAUCUCAGGAGAGGCCACAUGUUCUGUGUGGGUAGUUUCUGGCCCUGCCUUCAGCAGCGAUAUUACAGUGAUUGAUCCAGCACGGUCCAACACAGUCCUGGAUCAGUUCAGCCUCCCUCCCACAGCUCCUGCUCUCUGCAUCUGUGCUGUGCCUCCCAUAGGUGACACUGCAGGAACUGUGUGGAUUGGAACUCAGGAAGGAAGUAUACUGGUGCACUCAGCCUCUGCUGGCAGGAGGCGCUGUCUGCAGUCUGUUUCCCUCUCAGAAGGUGCUUAUUCACUCACGUACUCCCAGGGUAAAGUCAUAGCCGGUUUAGCUGAUGGGACUUUGGCAUUUUUCUCACACGGUUCAGGCGGCUGGAAUCUGCAGUCACACUUUGUGAUGCCUCUUGGAUCAAACCCUUUGCAGCCAAUUCGCUGCUGCCUUGCAAAAGAGAGUCGCCUGUGGGUGGGAUAUUGGAACAGAGUCCACGUGGUUGACGUCGAUGGCAAAAAGGUCGAGCAAACAUUCUCAGUCUCGGAACGCAGUGAGCAGCAGGUUCGUUUCCUGUGUGCUGGUGGAAGCGGUGUUUGGACAUCCUGCCGACUCGACCCAAUCCUCAGACUGUUUGACUGGUCCACAGGACGGCCGCUGCAGGAAGUCGAUUUUUCUGCCUUGGUCACUAAAACAUUAGGCCAAGCCUUCCUGACACUCUCACCUCUCCAGAUCUCAUCUCUUGCUGUCAUCUCUGGCCGCCUGUGGGUGGGCACAGGAGGUGGUGCCCUUUUCUCUAUCCCAUUAUCAAUAACAUCAGAGGCUGUUUCCAUCCCAUAUUGCUCCAUUGCAUCAGCCCAGCUGUGUUACCAUGGACAUCGACAAGCUGUCAGGUUCAUUAUUGCUGCACCUGGUUGUUUGAUCACAUCUCCUGGUAGCAGCAUGGUCACUACCUCUCAGCUUAUCCUCAGUGGAGGGGAGGGCUACAUUAACUUUAGAAUUGGAGACGAUGCUAGUGAAGGAUCAGUUGAGUUGUCUCAGGCUAUACCUCAGCGGUCUGAACGUAGUCACAUGAUCAUCUGGCAGAAUGCCACCCCCACUGUGCCCAGCCCUGCACUCUGAUAUUCAUCGUCUCAAGAUGGAGCAGACUUACACUUUGCAGCAGCAGAGCUUGAGACAACAUUGGAAAUGAUGCUUUCAUGGAACUGAAUGAACCAACGUCUCAAUAUAGCAGAAAUGAAAGUAGCCUCUGAAAAAUAUAUGAUGCAUACUAUUUCACCCCUGUUUACCUCAUUCAUUUUGUACAUCUAACUUUUAACUGGAUUAUCCUAAUGGAUAAUGGUGCCUUACUGUGUGCCUUCAUCAGAUUUUACCUAAUUUCUGUAGAAGUUGUGGGUAAUUCAGAUACCUGAUAGCUAAAAGCCCAUUUUUACCUUUGUAGUAAUACAGUAUUCAGCUUCCCUGACAUACAGUGAUAGACCCCUGUUAAUAUAUUUUGUUGUUGAACAUGCAGAGUUGUCAAUCACAUCUUCGAUUCACCACAGGGGCACUAGAUUCUUCUGUCGUACAUUUUUUGAUCAUAAGGUUUAACUUAAUAAUGUGGCUGUUGUUGAAGCUGCUGUGUACACACUUUGUUGUUAACUGUGAACUGGAAACAUGUAUGGGUAUUUGCUCAGCAUUAAGACAAUCAGUCACUUACUGUCUCCUGAUUCUGCAUUGAGACUGGGGAUAACUGCUUUUGAUUGUGUGUUUUUUGCAAUUUAUUUUCAAAUUCUACCCCUCCACAUCACAUAUGGUGCAAAUACAAAUAACUGCACACAUUAAAUGUGUCUGUCUGCAUAAGAAUAUGUGAUAUCCUAUCUUUUGAAUGAACAGCUUCAGUGUUUGUCUUUAAAAAUUAUUUAUUUUCUCAAUCAGUUUUGCGCUUAAUGUGUUUGGAUGUUUUAAUUUGUUUUAUGUUUUCAUUUGAUUUCAGUAUCUUUUGUAAAAUAAGGGAAAGCAAUUCUUUCAAGUGUCCUAUGCAGUAUUUAUGUGCACUUACAAGUUUGUGCACACAUGUUGAUGUCAUAGCAGCUCUUUUUCCUUCUUGGAAAGACAAUUAAGACUUGAGUAUUAGCUCUGACUCAACCUUGUGUGAACAUGAUUAUUGUUAAUAAAAAUGUCCUCAGUGGUUAAUGUAGCAACUUUCAUUCUAA